UUUUUCGCGAUUUUCGUCUUUUCUUUAGCCAAUGGACAGCCGUUUUCGCCGAAUAACUUCUUCUUAGUUCCGGUCAGUAUUCGAAACAACGAAUAUCUCUGAAACCUGUUUUCCCGCAGACAAUGGCCUCUUAUUCGCGACUUCUCUGCGACUCUCGUCUUCCGGGAACUCAUCGUCUUUGUCCACAAUUACCGCAAUCUCCGCAACAAAUGCCGUUUUUGUCUUCGAGUCCUGCCAUGACUUCGAUGACUUCAAUGCCUUUGAUGUCUUCUCCCGCCGGACACUCCGGGCCUCCGUUCCUGAUGUCCGCUCCUCCCGCUCCCGUUCGCCGCCAACGCCACUUCCACUUCCACCACAAUUACCCGACUUCGACCUCCGGUCACGCGAUGUCUCAUCCUUUGUCUCAUUCAAUGAAUUCAAUGAAUCAGAAAAAAGUGUUUUUGAUUCCCUAUUCGUCGUCUCCGUCGUCGUCCUCUUCGUCGUCCGGAACGACGCAAAAUGCCGUGAAUUUUAUUUUAGUUCCCGAAGAACUGUUGUCUCCUUCGGCUCCUUUGGACGCAAUGGACGACAAAAACAAAGACAACGAAGUGGAAGAAGAAGAAGACAUGAAAAUGAAAAAACGGGAAAAACGACGGAAAAAACCGAAACGAAAGAAAACUUCGGCGAAAAUCGUGAAAACGCAUGAAAAGCACGAAAAAGGAUUCGCCGUUCAGUCGACCGCCGAUGACGACUACCGAUCGGUUCGUUCGGGAAAAGAGUCGAAACACGAGGACUCGGAUCAGGAAUCGGAUUAAUAGGGAUUAAAAAGCUUCUGAAGAAGCGUUUGUUUGGAAUGUUUUUGAAUGGCUUUAAGGCUUUUUUUCGUUUGAUUUUUUCAGUCAUUUUUCGACUCCGACUGCGAAUCAUAUCCUCAAACAUACCGUUCCCUCAGUAUCCCCCCCCCUCUCUCUCGGCUGUCGGACUGCUGUAUGACUGCUGCACGCGCCCCAUAAGGGAGAGUCAGUCAAACCAGUCUAGAUCCGUGUGGGGGUGGACGGGGGAUCGCAAUCGCAAUCUGAGUCUUAGAGGAGAGGAAUCUCUCGUUUUGUUUCUUUGGUUUGGAUUUUGACUCUUGAUAUCCAUUCUCUCUUGAGUUGAGUUGAGUUUUGUUGAGUUCCGGCUCCAAUCAGAAGCAGAACUCACGGAACGCGUGAUUCACGACUUCGCCCACAAGUCGUGGGCGACGCGGCGGCGGAUAAUCGCAGUGUUGUGUUUGGGAGGACUGGGAGGCGAAAGUCACGAAAGAGUUUCAGAGAUUUCAGUAUUAGUCGAGUCUUUCAGUGCUUUAUUGCUCUAAAAAACAGUCGUUUUUAAAGUCAAACCAAACGGCAGUCAAAACACUGGAAAAUACAGUAAAAACUAUUAUAAGUCUUAGCACUGAAUAAAGUACUGAAAAUACACUCUGGAAUACACCCGCACCCGAAGGCACAGGCGUUCAACUGACUCUGGAAUGCCAUAAUUGCCUACAAAACGGCCGAAAAGGCUGUAAGGCUUUCCCAGACUUUACUGUCCGUUACGUCACACGCGCACAACAAACCAUCGCUUGAUUGGUUCAACCGUUUGAUGGGACGACACUGUAUACACGAUAUACUGACUGAAUGGGACGUCCAUUUGGGUUUGCCAUUCAACCAAUUCCUCCUCCGAGAGGACGUCCGUUCGUUUGGUAACUGAGAAGCUCUAUGUCUGAAGAGUGACUCCAAUAACGCACAGAAAAACAGUUUCAGUUGUUUUUGGUUUCUGUGUUCACAACAGAGACUACUGUUUCGCGACUACCGAAAGACCAAAGACUACCGAUUCCUACCACUAAACACCACUGACUACUGACUGAUCCAAUGGUCCAAAUGGACGAUCCUUCGCGUCUCUUCGACAAAUCGAAUGCCUUGAGAAACGCCACUCAUUUUCCGCCUCCUUUUUCGUCGCCAUUCGUCGCCUCCUUUUCCCCAUUGACGCCUCCUUUGCCGCUAUUAUCGCCUCUUUGGCUGCCAUGGCUCGCCAAUUGUCGUACACCACUUAUCGCGCCUCCCGUCGCCCACCACCACAACCACCACAACA